AUGUACCCCUCCGGCGUCCACCGCCGCGUCUAUAGCCCUGAUUCAGAAUCAGGGGCAGACAGCUCGUUUCCUGAGAGACACUUUACGCCGCCAUUCGAUGAGAAGCCUGUUUUCUCGGGUAUCGCACCCGAUCAAGCUCAGCCCGUCGUCAACGAACGGCAGACGUACAAUGAGUCGGACCUUGCAUCCGCAAGCUCACAAUGCUGGGCCAGCGGGAACCAGCCAACUCCCCAUCCGAAUCACGACAUGACGUUGCCCUAUCAUGGCCAGCUGGACGACGGACAUGCCUUCUCAGCCCCUCUGCUACGGACGACCGCGCCGUUGCUGGACGGGUGGUCGUUGUUCAACGGCCAGUCCUCGAGUGACCACUUUUGGCAGCCCACGCAGGAGAAUACCAACAUCGAGGAUGACUCCGACUCGAUCCAAAGCCCCGACGGUUCGGACGAUGCGUAUACAUCACGCCCGAGCUGGUUCCCCGCCCAAACGGCCAGAAGGCAACGCAGCCACCGAGUCAGCAAGCCGGCGAAGGCUGCGCUGUCAACAUCGUCGUGCCACCGGACCGCACUCUCCGAAAAGCCCUAUAUCCCCGACUUCGUUUACAAUCAAGACUGGCCCGACCAGUCCGACUUGGGACUCACGCCUCUCCCGCACCGAGAUUACGGCACCGUGACGACCAACGGGAACGGGAUCGAGAUCACGUUUCAGGACAGCGCCUCCUCAUCCAAGGAGGUCUCGAAACGGAUCGCACACAAGCUGUCCGAGAAGACACGGCGGAACAGACUCACGAUUGCAAUACGAGAGAUCCAGAAGCUGCUUCCGUCUCAGCCUGCAACCGAGCUGACCAGCGACGCGGACUUCCUGGUUCGACCGGGCGUACCAAGCAGUAAGCUGGACGUGGUUGAGAUGGCUGUGGGUUUCAUAAAGGAUCUGAAAGAGAAGAACGAGGACAUGAAGAGGCGGCUAAGGGAGGUAGAACAGAAGCUCGCGCAGUGCCAAUGUCGGAGGGACAGGGAAGGAUCACCUCUGGCGUCGGGUUCAAGCUCUUUAGCAGGGCAUCCAAGGGAUGAAAGAGAAUCAGAUCCGGCGACAAUUGAGGCGUGUGAGUGA